GCCCAUUCAAUCGUCGCGUUGAUACAGGAGUGACUAUCAACACAAACAUGGCUGCCUCUUCGGCUAGAGACAAGGCGAGGACCACAGAUAACGCACCUAAAUACAGCCCCUGGGGUAACCAAGAGCCUGUGUCGCAGUCUCGUGAGAUAAUUAAACCGUCCAUACUGGAGCUAACCAAAGAAGUGAGGACGAACAUCCUCUGCACGGUUGAAGGAUGUGGCAAGAUCCUCCCCAACACACCUGCAUUGAACAUGCAUCUUGUGAAGUCGCACAGAGUGAAGGAUGGUAUUGUCAACCCCACAGUAAGAAAGGACAUGAAGACCUCGAAAAAGCUUUACUGCUGCCCCAUUAAGGGCUGUCCCAGAGGGCCUGGAAGACCGUUCUCCCAAUUCUCCCUGGUGAAACAACAUUUUAUGAAGAUGCAUGCAGAGAAGAAACACAAGUGCCCCAAGUGCAGCAAUGGCUACAGCACUGAGUGUGACCUCAAGAGGCACAUUGAGGACUGUGGGAAGACUUACCAGUGUACGUGUGGCUGUCCCUAUGCCAGCAGGGCUGCCUUACUAUCACACGUCUUUCGGACGGGACAUGAGAUUCCUACUGAGCACAGAAUUCCUCCAGUAAAAAAGCGGAAGAUGGAGAAACUCUCAAGUUCUGAGAAGGUGAAGACCAUUGACUCUGUGAUUAUGCCUUCUACUCAUGUGCUAACGGAGGAUACACCACCUUCUGACAUCAUUAUUCAAAGUCCAGACUUGGCCAGCCACAUGUCUAACGGCAACAUAAUCCUCCAGAAGCCACUUCUACCCAAACCCAACAUGGCUUUAGUCAGUGUUCCUGUGAUGCAGCUGGCCCACUUGCCUGUCCUUCUCCCAUCUACAGAGAGUGGCGCGCUAAGGUCUGUAGUGCUGGCGGUCAACAGCCAAGGCUCUGUUAGCACUCUUCACCUCCUGCCACAGGCCUUGGGAGCUGUAGUGCCCCAGCUGGAUGCUAAGAGUUUGGGUUUUCAGGACAGCAUGCCUACUUCUCGCUCUGGCCUGGGGCCCAUCAGCACAGGGGUGCAGGUCAGGCUUGACAGUCCGGUCACUCAGGACUCAGGAAGAGGAAGGAGCACUUCUACAAACAUUCAAACAGACAAGUCGUGCCUGGCAAAGAUGCCCACAGGGGUCGCAGAGGGAAUUGGAUUGUGUUCUGUAGGUGAGCCCGCAGUAUCCUCUUGUUCCCAGACAGACAUUAGCGUGAGUGCCCAAAUCCUUCUGCCAGUCAGUGUUCAAACCCAGACAUUCUAUACCCAGGGCAAAGCCACCUCAACUAUUGGGGCUCAGACAGACAGCCAAUCUUUAAACCAAAGUACUUGCUCCUCUUUAUCUGUGCCGCCAUGUAGAACCAGGCAGACCCAGACCUACUUCACCCUGCCGCAAUCUGAGGAGAAAGUUCAUGAUCAGGCCAUCAUGUGCUCUGACCUUUUCGGCGGAGAGUCCCUCAGCGUCUCCACCCAGACCGCAGUGUACACAGAUGAGCCUCUGACGGCCACAGGAGACAGUUUAUACGAGGACACCAAGGUGACAGGAGGCAUGUGUUUCGGGGUGCAGACAGACAUACUGAACCCAAACAACGUUGCAGACAACCAAACCCAAACCAUGAUCUUGUUAAAUGACCUGCAAAACAUUCUCUCUGGCCACCAAGUGCUGACCGAUGCCACGGCAGGCUGCGGGUCAAGUUUGGCCUCUGUUCAGGAGCAGCACAGCACCAUGGACUUUGACUUUGAAGAGUUUCUCAGUUCCGUGCACAUUCAGACACAGACAGAAGAGAGCCACCUUGGAGGACUGAACGAAGACACACCGCUGGAGUCUUUGGACAUCCAGACCCAGACUGAUUUCUUCCUGAUGGAUGAUAUGGACCAAAGUGAGGGACCAAGUCGAAGCCAAACCAGCGACUUGGAGCUAUUCGACACUCAAACUCAGACUGACCUUAACUUCCUUCUGAGCACUGGAAGUCACCUGCCCCUGAGCAGCAUCCUGCGCCAUUCAAGCUUUUCUAUGAGCACAGAGUCUUCUGACACCGAAACACAGACUGAUUUGCCUUCGUUUGUUCCCUGCCUCCCUGCUCAGUGCCCCGUCACUCAGGGGGAACAUGCAAGACUUUUAAACAGCACAGAGACACAGACCAGCCAGGUGGAGGGCCUCGGACACCUCUUCCUGACAAGCAACGAAACACAAACAGUAAUGGAUGACUUCUUGUCAGCUGACUUGGCAUGGAACAUGGAUUCCCAUUUCAGCUCAGUGGAAACUCAGACAUGUGAGGAGCUUUUUGCUCUCUUUCAGCACCCCGAGAAGCCCAACAGCUGAAGUUAUUCUAACAAAGCUGCCUGAUGUCCAUGGCCACUUGUGUUUGCCUCUUUUUAUCGUCUGAAUGAGAAAAGGCUGUCCACCAGUGGAUAAGCCAUGAAGUUAAAAGAAGCCUGUGAAAAUGUCUUUCAACCAUUCCACUUGGGACACCUUGUCCAGAGCAUUUCCAGGUUUGUUUCCUGUCGGCUUAGUGCACUUUAUUAGCUCGAUGGGCCGAAGGUUUUCAGCUCAGACAGUUCACAUAUUUAUUUGCACAUAUAUGUAAGGUAAUGUGUCUUUUCUGAAAUACUACUUUUUUUGUUUGUCCUCUGUGUUUUUGGUCUUUGCUAGUACUGUGUACUUAAAUAUAUUACAUCUGCAGUUAAUACAAAUGACUGCAAUAAGAUACGCAUAUACUGCAUGAAAAUAGCUCUCAACCUUACAGUUAGCACACGUGCAGUUGCUUUACAUGUGUAUUUAAAAUGUGCAUGGAGCCUUCCAUUUGUCUGCGUAAACAUCUUAAUGGCUGCUUAACCAAUUUAAAGGCAAGCACAUAAGUUAACAGCCAGCGCAGAGCUGCACCAGUGAGACUUUCUGGAUCAAGCCUUACUGAACAAGGAAAUUGCCGUAAAAUAUACAACCAUUGCACAAGAAGAAAGUAAAUAUUUGUUGUCGUCAGUUGUAGCACACCUUUUGAUUGAUUUUUGAUGGAAGGGGGAACAGGAAUUCUGAUGUCGUAUGGUCAUUUUUAUUGAAAACUGAGGCUGGGCUGGCCUUGUGACUGAUUUAUUCAUUAGCUUGGUGUAACUGUAUAUGCUGGCAGUGAACCUGAGUCAUGUUACUGCACCGAAACGCAGCUGAUUAGCAUCACCUGCCAUUGUGAAACAUUAAUUAAUGCAUGUAAUUCUUUGGACUAAAUUAAUUAAUCUGUUCAUUUAAAAAUGGUUCAGUCUCCUAGAGGUGGCCCAAAAGCGUGGCACAGCAACCAAAACCUAUAUUUUCCACUUUUCACUUAAAACAACCCUCAUGAAACAAAAAAAAAACAUGUUUACUGAACAUAUAUCAAAGAAAGCACGGUAAAAUGCUAUAAAUGCUUAAACUUUCCUUAAAUGUCAUAAACAUGCUCCAAAAUGGUCUAGUAUCUUGCGCGUAACCCGCUUCAAACUCUGCAAGACUCAACACUGUUCUUUAAAACAUUAAAUAGCACUGCAGUAACACACUUGGCCUUAACAGAAGCAUGAUGUAAAAAAAAAAAAGUAUUGAUUAGGAAAAAAUAGAUGAGUACAAAUCCUAAUCAUAGCACGUGUCAUGGACAUUACAACGUAUUUGAUUUUUCACUUUUUUUACUUUCUGAAUUUUGUCGAUAAACCACAAAAAAAACGCAAAUACUCUGAAGUCGGUCAAGGCAGAUGUCUGCUCAUUUGCAUAUAUUCUUUUGCAAUGGUAAAAUUUUGUGCGGACUAGGCUGGUUUUGUCAAAGUACAUGUUUUGGAUGCAGCAAAAUGCGUUGAUGCACAAUGAGGUGUUAUACUUUGGAAAUCACAGCAGCUGAAACAUACGUUCCACUGUUUUCUAUUUUGUCUGUGACACGCUUUUGCAUAUCACAAAAUGGUGAUGCGCACAAACGGACUGAAAUUGACAUCAGGUCGUGUUUUAUACGCAACAGACACGAGGAAAAUAUUCUACACAGUUUCCCGUUUAUUAGUCUGUUUGCAGUAUAUUAUUGGGUUAUACAGUCAUCCCUCACUACAUCGCGGUUCGUAUAUCCCUCCUUCACGCUUAUGUUUUUCAAAAAUAAAUGAUCCCUGUUUCAUGGUUGGCUAUGGUCUAUUAUAGUCAAACAAAUAUUUAAAGACUAUUCUGGUCACUCGGCGUCAGUAAUGUUACAUUGAUGAGACAUUACAUGUAAAUGUAUUGCAUUGACUUGCAUUGCAUAGACAGCCAUGGAUGCAGAGCCCGACAUCAGUAAUGUUACAUUGAUGAGACAUAACUAGUUAGCUGGGUAGCUUGCUAUCCUUAAAGCGCUGGCUGUUUGUGUCCCUGCAGAGAUCCCAAAGCCUGCGUCUUAGAAGUUGUGCAAUUUGGUGUAAACAAAGCCAGCAGUAGUGCAGCAAUGUCCAUUAUUUUACAGAUGUACGUGUAUGAAUGCCAGAUGCAUGUCAGACUGGCUGCCCUGUGUAUCAAGUGACAGACGUGAGGAUGGAUGAUGGGCUGACGUCAAUCUUUUGUAAUGCCGUGAUCAACCCCCAUUACGUUUGAGACACUACUACUACAACAAAGAACUUUUCCAAUGCUAGCAUGCGAAUUAUGGCUUAUCGCUUAUGUCUACUAUAUUAGUUAAUAUGAGUAUAAAGGACUAUAGGGUGUUAUUGCAUGUCUACAGCGCUCUGUUAGUUUUUAGAAGGUCAUAAACAGGUUUUCUAUGCUCCAACUACGAAAAUAUUCCGCAAUAAACAGCCCCUCAAAGUGACUGCACCUUCCGUGGUACCCCUUUCAGGAGACUGACCCAAAUAUGUUUACUGCAUUAAGUUGCUAAUGCUUGGUUUUAAGUCAUUGAAAACCUAUUAUGUUGGUUAUUUUUUAUUGUGUUGCACUGAGUUACCUCAAACACACCCUAAGCAAGUCAUGUUCUACUCUGGAACAGAGAGUGAUUGUGAAUAUUAUCUAUUUUGAGUUGUUGGUGCCUUAACCCAAGUGUUAUCUUUUGCUUAUAUAAUUAUGCGAUUGCAAUACUAUUUGCAUUAUAUUUUUAACAUGGUUGCAUGAUAUUCCAAAAGCUGUAGCUAGAGAACAUCAUGGUUUAUUUUCUUCACUACAUGACAGCAUUGCAACAGGUGUGUGUCUUGGUCACGUGGUUCUUGGCACAUCAAUUUUUACAUUUUAUGGAGUACUUUUGUUUCUAAAACGCUAAGCAGAUAUUCUCGGCUAAAUUUACAGUUGUGAUCAGUAGUUUAUGUAACACACAUUUUGAGACCGUCAUGGUUUAUUUGAACUGUUUUUCCAAGGCGGAUUUGUUAUACAGUGUGCAUCUUUAAUGAUUUACAAGAACAAUUGGGUGCACAGGUUUGAAUUUAUAUCGAGAUUUUUCUCAUUUACAUAGGGUCAACAUUAAACAUACAUGCUUAAUUACAGUAUUAACACUUUUUGUAGUUGAGUAUGGUCCACAGUUGUUUUAAGUGGUUCCCAAACUUUUUAGUUGUGUACCCCUUCAUGUUCUCCUCUCUGCCCUGUUCUCCUUGCACCGUGAGGUGUUCAGGCCCACUUGUAAUUGUGUUAGGGGCUAAUUGUUUUUCAUUUUUAUUCACAUAAACCCCCUUUGGGAACCUAGGUUCUACAAUGUUGAGGUCAGGGCUCUUGGAAACUGCAGUUAGGAAUUGUUCAAAAAGACAAUUCUUUGUUACAUUUGAUUUUCUUGGACUUUCUCAUUAUUAUAUUGGUCCAAUCCAAAUUAUGGUAUGCUACCAGCUGCAGUCAAUCAUUAUCACCAAUGAGAGAUUUGCAGUUGAUCAUUAUCACCAAUGAGAAAUUAAUCGGCAAACAGACAUUCUAGAACCUUCAGCACCAGUUUUUAAUUAAAAGAUCCAUUUUAGUGUUGGGUAUUUGAGCCUGUAUGGGUAAUGUUGACACUGUAGAUGAGAGAAAACUGAAAAUAAAACUUGUGUACCCUAAUAGUUGUUAAAAAUCAUUGAACAUGUACAUUGUAUAAUCAUUCCACCCUUUAAAAAGUGUUUCAAAUAUAUCAAUAAGGGCCAUUGAUGAGCAAAUGUAAACAGACCACAACUGUAGAUGCCUUGUUGGUUUCCAAUGUAAACUUGUCCUGCGAAAAGCUUUAUAGGAAGAUCAUGCAUGUUUUUCCCAGCACAAUGUUUAGUGUAUGUGUAGAAUUACAUGUUGCCUUGAUUUAAGGGCAAGGAUGUUAACCAGAGGUUCCUAAUAAACUGCUGGAACAUAUCCAGUAUUGUAUUGGGUACCAGUAUUGAACAUCCAUCCAUUCUUUUUCUAUGCCGCUUAUCCUCACUAGCGUAUGCUGGAGCCUAUCCCAGCUGACUUCGGGCAAGAGGUGGGGUACACCCUGGAAUGGUCGCCAGUCAACCGCAGGGCACAUAUAGACAAAUUACCAUUCACACUCACAUUCAUACUUAUGGACAAUUUAGAGUCGCCAAUUAACCUAACAUGCAUGUUUUUGGAAUGUGGGAGGAAACCGGAGUACCCGGAAGAAACCCACCCACGCACGCACGGGAGAACAUGCAAACUCCGCACAGAGAUGGCCAACGGAGAUACGAAUCCAGAUCUCCUGACCAUGUGGCCAACAUGCUAACAAUUCGACCACCGCGCAGCCGUAGUAUUGAACUUAUACCGCAAGAAUCUUCUUUGGUUAGUCCAGUGGUUCUCAGUUUUGAAAUACAACUGAGAAACUGAUAGUACCUAUUUAUUUAUCUGUAUUGUACAGACAACUCAAAACUGAAACCAGGACAUUGCAACAAAAUGGCUAGUUGUCAAACAUACAAGCGUAUUUAAGAGUCAAAUUGCAUGUUGAAUAUGAUCAAUUUGGACAUGUUGUCAGGUCUGCACUAACACUGAAAGUACUACCACUCAGGCCCCCCACCGAUAGUUCACCGCAUCCCCCACCCCAGGGGGGCUCGCUCCACUAUUUGAGAAGCACUGGGAUAGUCUAAUGUAAAAACACAAAAAAAGUACAACAAUGGACUGCAUUAAAAGAAAUUACAUACUGAUGAGACUAUAUUUUUCUACUGUAAUGUUACACAAAACCCACGCAGUAAGUUUACUUUUCUGGCAUAUUGUUGUCUAGUAACUAAGCUGAGAAAGAAUGCUGGGGAGCUAGUUACUAAGUUCCCAUAUCUGCGUUCACAUACAGUAGUUAUACAGUAUGCAUGGGCAAUUCAUCAACAGGACAAAUCUGGUGCUGCUGCUGCCUUGUAGCAUGCACACUGGGGAUUAAAGAGGACAAAAACAUUGACACAUACUGUAAGCCCUCACUGAUGUAAUAAAAACUAAGUAAUUGUCUUGUAUUGUCCCUGGGUUAAUCAUUGUGUCAUGCCAUUGGCUUUCAUUUAAUAGGUGGUAAAAAUGUGAAGUUUGUAAUGGGAACUACUGUACUUUUAGUCUGAUGCUGGCGUUUUGAGUGCUUGGAAGACCUGCCCUUUGACAUGUUUGGAGGCAGAUGUUGAAGGUGCAAAGGAAUCCCACUCAGAUGACCUCUCUCUUCCUGUAAGAGGUGUGACAACUCUUCCUCCACGCCAUCCAGCGCAUGCCAUUCUAGAGACUCUGGUUGUACCCUCUGGCUAGACGGCGUGGAUUUCUUCAAGUUAUGAGCGAUGGAUUGGGACUCAGUGCAGUGUUCACCGCCACUGGCUAAGGUGUCCGUGUAAGAGGUUGUUGGUUCAACCUGUGAGGGGUUAGGGUUGUCUGUUGUCUCUUUGCGCUGCUUUGGUUUCUUGUCCUUUUGCGGAAGAAGAAUGCCACUGACUGGAGCCACUCUGUCCCAGCCACGCACCUUUAGCAGAACAAAACGUUUUGUUUGUUUUUGCCUUUGUCAACAUGGAUUCACUAAAUGAUACAGAUUGCACUUACAGCCUCUUCCCAACCAGGAUAACAGUGAUACUCGUACGGCUCCACUUCUUUCAAAAAGGCCUCCUCACUGAUGUCAAGAAGAGCAUCCACAUGCAGCCUUUGUGCUUUGUAAAGCUGAUCCUCGACUGCAUCGUCCUCAAAUGGAAUCUCUUCAUCUGAUCCAUUCAUAGUUGGGAGCUCCUUUUUGUGGGAUUUUUUAAUGGUCAUUGGUCACACAAAUGUCUAUUAUCAGAGUAACAACAAUCAAGAAUAAUAUGUAACCUCACCUCUAAGAGUUGAGAAGACAGCAAUGCUUGCCUGAGUGUCAAAGGCCCCGCCCACCCAUCAGUGAGAUCUGGGAUUGAUUUCUUUGGCCUCUAUCUUUCAGGAGUUAUGCUAAACAAAUGAAAAACUGCCAUUAACAUUAUUUUAUUAAUUUUUUCUUAUACAUUAUUGAGAUAGUAUGGUUCGGGAGGGGAAAAAAAACACUACAAAAAACCGCCCACCUCACGGUCUUGGACAUAAAGUGUACACUGUAAAGCUCAUUUAACGUGGCUGUGUUGGUUCUGUGCAGUUAAAUGUGACUCACAUUAUUGCAGAACAUGAAUCAUUUGUGUUAUAAAAAUGUGCCGCAUACGUAUACAUCAUCAGAUGACAACCAUUUCCGGCUGUGCGUAUUUACCACUCCCUAGUGACAUAUUAUUUGAUUACAUGCUUGUUUUAAAAAAACUGCAGUUAUAAAUUAGCAUAUCCGUAUUCCUCAUAAGCUGUUGAUUACACGGGAUAAAUUAAAUACAGGCAAACGUUCGCACGGUGACAACAGUCAUGAUGACGUAUACUUGUCUUUGAACGUAGCGUGAAAAUGGCGUGUGACGUCACGUUAAUAUUGGUGGGGGGGGGGUUUACGACCGCCAGUCGCCAUAUUGCCUGUUUAAUAUUCAACACACAGGGCUUUUACUUGUUUUUUGGGUUUUUUUUUACAUUACAAGAAUAGUGAUUAACCUAUUCUUCUGUUUCUAAAGUUAAUUCAAAAAUGUAUUGUGGUUUGAACGGUUUCCAGCUAGGAGGCGCCUUCAUUUCAGUGGAGUAUUCCAUGUAAUGUAAUGACAAAUGCAAACAAGGCUAAAGGUUUGGAUUGGAUAUCAGCUAUAAAAUACACAAAUAUCACGUUUUGCACAACGCCAGUAUUGUUGUUUGGAAAUGUACUCUGAACAAUUUGCUUUCGGGUAAGUACUCAUGUAUACACAAACUGCCAUUCAAUGAAUUUGUCUUCCGUUCUCUGGGAGUCUAUCUUCUUUGAAACCCUAAUCAUGUAAGAUUUUUGUGUGUUGUGUGACUGCGUGAGCACAAAAAGUAUAAACAAAAACAUAAAUAGGAGUUUGUGUAUCACAAAUAUUUAUUGUUCUUACUCUUGUGUUGGUGCCUCAUGUCUGAAUGGAUACUGAAUAUUUAUGUCCUCAGUACAAACACGUACUUUUUUGGGUUUCAACUCAACUAUUUUGCAGUAUCCUCACACAAUUUCUGAAAGAAUUACAGCUUGCAAAGAUGAAUGUUUCAGUGCAUUGCUCAAACCAAGUAACCAUGACAUUUAUGACCACUUACACAAUUUAGUAUAGUAUAGUAUAGUAUAGUAAGUUUAGUGUAGUAAGUAUAUUAGAGAUGUAUCCACAGCUCUCUUCUAGAAAAUUGAUGUUCAGUUUUGAUUGACACUGUAAGGAAGCAAUGAAUUCAUCAAAAUGUGUAUGAUUGUGGUUGUUAUUUGUAGUGGUGUAAAACCGCACGGUAUCAUACUGAGUUGUCUGAUAUGUAGCUGAACAAGGUGACCAAAUGUAAGAUAUUAGACUGUGUUAAAUGCAAAGAACAAAUUUCACUCAUGUGACAAAUGCCGCGUAGCUUUACAUUUUAUUCAUAAUGCAGGGGUUGCACACCAAUUGAAAACUACAACCACCUAAGGUUAAAGGUUUUAUAUAAGUCUCAGAGGUCCCACAAUAGUGUAUUGGAAGUGUGUCUGCAAAAAUCUACAGCACCUUUGAUGGUGGCGCUAUGUGUUCCACAGUGUUUACGUGCGCGGAUGAAGAGUCAUCAGAGAAUAAAACUUUUUCCA